AUGCUUUUAGAGAGAGAGUUUACAAUUGUUCGUGCGUGGUAUUUACCUGAAGAUCGCUUUCUUGAAUUGAGUCCUUUUUUCGGUGAAGACAUGUUCUUAGUGGGUACUUGGACUCAUCGGCUAUCGGCGGUUAAACUUCUGAUCACUGGCUAUUGGAGGAGCAUCGGCAAUAAAAUGUAUCCGAGUGUACACACACGACCAACCUUUGAGGAUGCUAACUCUUCUGUCGAGCAAACUCCCUGUCGCGUCAUCGAACCUUCUUCUUUAUUUGGGGGUCCUCCCCCUCACAAUUCUUGUCCUUUUUUGUGUUAUGAUGAGACNGUUAUACCUCUUCCAAAUGUGAAUUCAGUUAUUUUAAAGAAGGUGAUCCAGUGGGCUACGUAUCACAAAGAUGAUCCUCUUCCUCCAGAAGAUGAUGAAAAUAAAGAGAAGAGGACAGAUGAUAUAAGCUCUUGGGAUGCUGAUUUUUUAAAAGUUGAUCAGGGCACAUUAUUUGAGUUAAUUCUGGCAGCUAAUUACUUAGACAUAAAAGGAUUGCUCGACGUAACAUGCAAAACAGUUGCCAACAUGAUCAAAGGGAAGACUCCAGAAGAAAUAAGGAAAACAUUCAACAUCAAGAAUGACUUCACACCCAGUGAAGAAGAACAAGUCAGAAAAGAGAAUGAAUGGUGUGAAGAAAAAUGAACUAUAUCAAUGUGAUCAGCUGUAUUGUGAUUCCUUGUGUUUUUCCAUUUGGUCAAUGU